AUGGCUUUGCCACUUAAGCAGCCUCACUUUGUAUUAGUUCCACUUCUAGCACAAGGCCACAUGAUCCCUAUGAUAGACAUGGCAAGAAUUUUGGCGGAGAGAGGGGUUAUUGUCACUUUGGUAAGUACCCCUCACAAUGCCUCAAGAUUUGAGCAAAUAAUUGUAAGAGCAGCAAAAUCCGGGCUUUCAAUUCAACUUCUACAAAUCCCAUUUCCAUGCCAAAAAGUGGGACUUCCAUUUGGUUGUGACAACCUUGAUACUUUACCAUCAAGAAACCUACUCAGAAAUUUUUAUAUUGCCCUUGACAUGCUGCAAGACCCUUUGGAGCAGUACCUCCAAAACCAUGUUUUUCCUCCAAGUUGCAUUAUAUCAGAUAAAUGCCUCUCUUGGACAUCUAUAACAGCCAAGAAGUUCAAUAUUCCAAGACUUGUCUUUCAUGGGAUGUCCUGUUUUUCAUUACUCAGCUCCUAUAAUAUCAAACUCCACAAUUCCCACCUUUCAUGCACUUCUGACUCAGAACCUUUUGUCAUACCAGGAAUGCCUCAGAAGAUUGAGGUAACCAAAGCACAACUCCCCGGAGCAUUUGUGGCUCUACCUGAUUUGGAUGAUUUUAGACACAACAUGUAUGAGGCUGAAAUGUCUGCUUAUGGUGUUGUGGUGAAUAGUUUUGAAGAAUUGGAGCAAGGGUGCGCUAAGGAGUAUGAAAAGGCCUUAAACAAGCGGGUUUGGUGCAUUGGUCCUGUGUCUCUGUGCAACAACGUUAGUUUGGAUAAGUUUGAAAGAGGAAACAAGCCUUCAAUUGAAGAGAAACAUUGCUUAGAAUGGUUAAACUCAAUGAAACCAAGAUCAGUUGUUUAUGUGUGCCUUGGUAGCUUAUGUAGGCUCGUUACAUCACAAUUGAUAGAACUUGGGUUGGGUUUAGAAGCAUCAAAUAAACCAUUUAUUUGGGUGGUCAAAACUUCAGAAGAAAAAUUUUCAGAGCUAAAAAAUUGGUUAAAAGAUGAAAAUUUUGAAGAAAGGGUAAGAGGUAAAGGACUUGUCAUAAAGGGUUGGGCUCCACAAACUUUGAUACUGUCUCACCCUGCAAUUGGUGCAUUCUUGACCCAUUGUGGCUGGAAUUCAACAAUAGAAGGUGUGUGCUCCGGGUUGCCAAUGAUAACUUGGCCUUUAUUUGCUGAGCAAUUCUUAAAUGAAAAAUUAAUUGUGCAAGUUUUGAAGAUUGGAGUUCAAAUAGGUGUUGAGGUUCCUGUAAGGUGGGGGGAUGAAGAGAAAGUUGGCUUAAUGGUGAAGAAAAGUAGAAUCAUAGAGGCUAUAGAGAUGUGCAUGGUUGAAGGUGAAGAGGGUGAGAAGAGGAGGACCAGAGCAAUAGAGCUUGGAAAGAUGGCAAGAGGUGCUAUAGUAAAGGAAGGUUCAUCUCACUUCAACCUUUCAUGCUUAAUUGAAGAUAUUACGAAAAUUGGUUAA